AUGAAGCCUGUUCGACAGUGGCUAGGUGAAAAGCCAGUAUAUGCAGUGUCGCCUGGAGGUGGAAGAACACUGCAAGGAGUGACUGAGGUUGAAAUACGCGAGCAGCGUUGGCUGAAGGUCCGAACGGCGGACUACGAUUUGGCUAGUCAGAGGGAAACGCAGAUUGCCGCUCGUAAACGUGCCCUCCGCGAAAAGCGUAGGCAGGAAGCGCGUGAACGCAAACAGCAACGUCUUCGAGAUCUACGAAAGCGUCAUAGGAGAGGAAUAGAUCUUGAGAUAACUGCGGAUUCGAUCGUUACAAGUAGCGAUGAGGAAGACUCUGAUUAA